UCUGGGCAAGGUGAACACCUCUGGCCUGAGCUGAGCUCUCUUCUCAACUUUCGGCAUCAUCAUCAUGUUGAGCUGCCUCUUCUUCCUGAAGGCACUUCUUACUCUUGGGUCCCUGACGUCCUGGGUGACUGCAGGGGAGCAUGUGAAAGAAGGAGAAUGCCCUCCUGACAAGAACCCGUGCAAAGAUCUGUGCCAGGGGGAUGAAUCGUGUCCGGCUGAGCAGAAGUGCUGUAGCACAGCCUGUGGUCGGGUCUGCCGAGCAGGCAUUCCUCAGGGGAGGAAAGGAGAUUGUCCCAGGGUCGUUCAGAAACAGUCCUGCUUUAAAGGGUGCAUCACUGAUGAGACAUGUCCAGGUGUAAAGAAAUGCUGCUCAUUUGGCUGCAGAAAGAGCUGUGUCGUCCCCAUCUCUGAACAGAGGCUGGAGUUUGGCGGUGAAUGUCCUGCCGACCCCCUUCCAUGCGAGGAGCUGUGUGAUGGGGAUGAGUCCUGUCCCCAGGGGCAUAAAUGCUGUAGCACUGGCUGUGGUCACACCUGCCGCGGAGACAUUACUGGAGGGCGGGGCGGUGUUUGUCCAAACAUUUUGGUGGGCCUGUGCAUGGUCAGCUGCAUGAUGGAUGAGAACUGUCGAGCCGGGGAAAAGUGCUGCAAGUCAGGCUGUGGCCGCUUCUGUGUCCCACCAGUUCUGCCGUCCCGGCUGGCCACGAACCCCAACUGGACCAUCAGGUCUGAUCCGAAUUAGCGACCCCGGUGCCCUAGUUGUCCUGAUUUGUCCUGAGCUUCUUUGGUGACUCCACGGGGCUUGUCCUGGAAGCCAGGAGAGGAUGACGUCCUGGGCUUGUGAUACUCCAGGGGCUCUCAUGCCCUCCUGCUCUGCUUCUGUUCCUGCCGCCGCCCUGAGCAUAGGAAACAGCCCUGGGCUUGGGCAGCGGGCGUGUGGUGCUUCUCGUCUCCAAUAAA